GCUGAAAGACAACGAACAAGGGACGCAGAGAAGAAUCCAGUCCUAAGACCAAUGCAAUUCAAAGAAGUGAGAACCACUGAAUACUCUCAAACGGAGGCAACUUAUCACUUGAGCUCCAUAUCAGCAGAUGGCACAGAACCCAAAACUGUGGUGGUUGUUUGAUCAAACCCAGCCUCUAUUCGUAUCAUUCCCUACAAUCGACAUCCGCAUUUUCGUUUCUGAUUACCUCGUACUCAUGCGGGAAACUUUAUAAUAUAUGCCCAUCCCUUCAAUCCAUUUCUUUCCCGCCAACAGCACAUCAACUCGUCUUUUCUCCCCAUCUUGAUAUCUGAACGGCCUCUACAAAAUGACACCGCUCAAUCCUCCAUCCUACAACUGGACAUCCCCCCAUCCCGGUAUAUAUCAUCGACCAGCCCUAUCAACCGAGUCUCUUUGGUUUACGCGACCCAAAGAUCUCCAUGAGAUGUUCAUUACCUCGCACCUCACAUUCUCCCGCCCGCAUACACAUUAUCCUAAAAUUAGGCUUAAGGAAGCUGCUCGGCGGGCUUGGAAGAGGUUACGGUUUGAAGUACCGGAGUUGGGUAUACGUGCUGUGAUCAACGAUGGAGAGGUAUUUUUAGAAUACAAAAUGCUUGACGAGGUGGGGGUUAGAGGGUGGAUUAGUAGGACGUUGUUUUUUGGGGAGAGCGAAGGAGAUUAUGAGUUUGAGAGUUUGCGGAAAGAUAUUGUGUCGAGGAAAGAUUGUGAGGAGCAAGCUUCCGUAUUGUUGAACUUCGAAACACGGGAUAGCGCGGUGUUUGGUGAUAGGGGCGAGGAGCUAGUCGAUGGCGUUUAUCUCAUUCUUAAUACUGAUCACCAAAUCACUGACGGGAUUGGGACGAGGAUUCUAUUAGGGAGAUUCUUAGAGCUGUUUUCACAGUAUGUCAGAGUUGAAAUGGACUGCAAAGAGAACUUGGUUUGGGAGGAUAGUUAUAAAAAUCUAACACAGCCUUGGAUUGGGAUGUUGGAUGGGAUGCAGAAACUUGAAGGGAGGAAGUCUGUCGAAACUUGUGAGAGAAACAGAAAUCACCUCUUUCAUGAAACCGUAAUUCCCCCUCGACUCUUUUCAUUUCGAACUUCCCGCAUCUCUUUGAACAGAAUGUUCCUAACCUCACCCAAAACAAUCUAGUCAGCGAAAAUCAACCCCUCACUUCCUCUCAAAGAAUACCUACCAUUCUCACCAACAUCAUCCCCUCACCCAACUUUCCCCCAAGUUUCAACUCAAAAAACACACUUCCUAACUCUCCCGCCUGAAGAAACCACCUCAAUCCUCACAGCAGUCAAGAGAUUCUCCAAAACCGCAACAAUCACCCACGCAGUCCACGCAGCAAUGGUACUUACUCUUCUCUGCCCUUCCUUCCAGCAAUCGCCAUCACCGGAGCUCUCAACAUUCAACUCUUCCUGUUGGUUCAACGGUCGUCGCUAUCUCAUGCCAGCGGAGCAAAUCUCAUAUAUCCCACCUUGCCAAUCCUUCUUCCCAAUAUGUUUUACUGAUCUCCAAGAUCUACGCCUGACUAAAAAUCCGGGCAGGGAAGAAAGACGUGCGUUAAUGUUGAGGGCUUUGGAAAUAACUAUGGGGCAGUACCUGGCGUUGAAAGAGGAGAGAGGGUGA